AUACUGCUUUCAUCACUGCGAAAGGUCUUUUCUACAUCGCUUGUACAGGGCUCAAGUGUUUGUUGUUGCGCCGCACAUCGUUGUACUAGCCUCUGUAUACGACAUCGGACACACCGCAAGAAAAGAUGGUAUGACCCUCACCACGUCAGGUCAAGACGAACGCCGGCCUUCAAACUCUCUUUUCAAUUCCGCCUUGAAGCAGUCUUCUGCUAUCCGCCGCGAUCUGGACACAUUCUCCCAGUCGCCGGCCACAUCGUCCGCCGCACUACAAGGUCAAAUCGCGGCCUCGCUGGCAUCACUAUCCCGCACCAUCGAUGACUACUCUUCACUGUCGAAGAAAGAGUUGAUCCCGGAGAAGCAAGAGAAAGCGUUCGAGCGAGUGAAGAACUUCCGCACCGAGCUUGCAGACUACCGGCUACACUUCGAGCGACUGCGCAAAGAACGAGAAGAUGCACAAUCCGUAACGAACCGCAACGAGCUCCUCGGCCGCCGCCCACACAACACCGCGACCCCCGAAAACCCCUACGCGCAAUCCUCCCUUCCCAACCCAUCCCCGUUCGGCAAUCCGUCCUCGGCCCGAUCGGGCCUGGGAUUUGGCGGCGGCGCGGCCGACUACACCCGCGAGACUCAUGCGCUGCGCGAGCAGAGCUUCCUCGCCAAUACGGGUACGCAGCUGGAUGAAUUUCUCGAUCGGGGUCGCGCCGUCCUGGCGGAUCUGGGGCAACAGCGCGAGGUGCUCAAGGGCACGCAGCGUCGACUUUACAGUGUUGCGAAUACGUUGGGGGUCAGUGGGGAGACGAUUCGCAAGGUGGAGCGGCGGGCGAAGCAGGACAAGUGGAUUUUCUGGGCGGGAGUGCUCCUCUUCUUCCUCUUCUGCUGGGCGGUACUACACUUUCUGAGGUAGGAAGCCCUUUGUAGGGGGAUUAAGAUGUACUUCCUGCUGCCAUCUGGGGGCACUCUUCUUUUUUUGCUUUUGUUUUACUUGAGGGUUCAUUUGGCAAGCGCCGGCGUUGGGCACUAUAUUGGUCGAGAUAUCAAUAGCUCCUGUUUUUUCUUUUGUUUUUGUUCUUUUUUUUUUUUUUUCGUUUCUUUCUU